AUGGCCUGGUCCUGCAGCCUGAAGAGCCUCCUCACAGUCUUUGUCUUUACCAUCUUCGCUGUCCCCAUCAGCUCUGCGGGAAAUAUCAACUACAAGGCAACACUGGGGGACCAACAGACAUUUAGAUAUAACCAGCAAUGCUGUAACACUGCUAAGUGUGACCAAGAGAGCACACAAUUAUCUCUGCCACCUGCAGAAGCCAACGGUGUUCAAUGUCUCUCCUACUAUAUGGAAUCAGGUGUGCUGAAUAUCCCAACUCUCCUGAGCUGCACAGGAAAUGAGACAAAGUGUGGUUUGGUUAUCGGCACAGUAGUGGGAAGCAGCAACCCCUUUUCCUUGGUGAUGGCCGGAAUGGGCUGUGCGACAGAAAGUGCCUGCAACCUGACUGUGACUGUCCUCAACCAGACAAACAUCCGCACCUUCUGCUCCGAUGAGUUCGUUGUAUCUCCAAGCCGGCCAUCAGUUCCGGAUAGCACGGACAGUGCGGGCAGCAUGGGCUUUCGACCUACAGCCAUCUCAACAGUACCAAUUCUGAUUACUCUCCUCCUACUGAAAGUCUUGUUUUGA